AUGACUCCAAGUGCAGAUGAUGAAGGCUUUCUUCACAAUGGCUCUGGCAACGCGGCUAGAGUUGUUAUUGUGGGCGCUGGUCCAUCCGGGCUGAUGUUGGCGUGUAAUCUCGCGAGAUUCGGCAUCAAAACAACCGUCCUCGAUGAACAGAAUGAUAGGACAUCGACGGGUAGAGCCGAUGGAAUUCAGCCCAAGACUAUCGAAACUCUCAAACAGUUGCGACUUGCCGAUUCCCUAUUGCGUAAGGGUGCGCGUGAGUCCACUGAUGAUGCCCCCCUCCAUCGAACCGGCCGCAAAGUACAUUAUCCGGAUCACCUUGUCGGAGCCGCGGAUCCCUAUAUCCUGCUGGCUCAUCAGGGAAUGCUCGAGGAUGUUUUUAUCCAGGACAUGGCCGCUCGCGGGCUGGCUGUUACCCGAAACAGUCGAUACUUGUCCUGUAGUCGUGUCCCAUCCAGUAAUCGGUUGUGCGUGAGCUAUCAAGAUCUUGCUUCCGGCAAUAUCAAAGAUAUCCAAGCCGACUACCUCGUUGGCUGCGACGGCGCUAAGUCACAAGUGCGACAGUCAAUUCCAGAUGCGCGGCUCGAAGGAGCGAGGACGAACGAGUCUUGGGGAGUCUUGGAUGGUGUGAUCGAAACAGACUUCCCUGAUCUCUGGAGCAAAGCCGCCGUGCGUUCUCAUACAGUCGGUUCGAUUCUGUGGAUUCCUCGCGAGCGCAACAUGACCCGGCUGUACGUCCAGCUCAGUUCGAUUGAGAGUGACGCCGUUGACAAGACAAUGGUGACAGCAGAAUAUGUGAUGGAGCGCGCAAGGGCUGCCAUGCAUCCAUAUCGGCUGGCAUGGUCCAGUAUCGAAUGGUUCGGCAAUUAUGUAGUUGGACAGCGAGUCUGUAAUCAUUUUGCAGAUCCCCAAUUACAGACAUUUAUCGCUGGUGAUGCAGGACAUUGUCACUCGGCUCUGGCAGCCCAAGGCGCCAACACCAGCAUGCACGAUACGUUCAAUCUGGCCUGGAAGUUAAAUCUCGUAAUUCGUGGCCUAGCAAAACCAUCCUUGUUAUCGACGUACGAAGAAGAACGGCAGAAAAUUGCAAAUGACCUUAUCGCUUUUGAUGUCGGGCACUGCAAGGCAUUUUCCCAGGGCGACGAGGCGUUAGCCCGGAACUUCAACGAGAAUAUCCGUUUCAUUUCCGGUAUAGGGGCCGAAUACGCAGCAGGCGUCCUUACCAAAGUGGACGUCGACAAAAGCAACGCGCAUCAAGGUCUCCGGCCGGGCGCCUUGCUGCUGCCAUCUCGAGUGACGCGAUACAUGGACGCGAACCCGGUUGAUAUCCAAUUAGACAUUCCUUUCUUUGGUCAAUUCAGGAUAUACCUGGUCGUCCCUGAUGUAAUUACGGCCAAGCCGUUUCUGUCAGCACUUUGCACUGGCUUGGACACCUUUCUGCAGCGUCUAUCGUCAGUCGCCGACAGGUCUUAUUUGGAAAUGCCCCGGGGCGUCGCGCAUUCUGAUAACUUUCUAUCGCCCCAGAGAUAUACAGCCUUUUCGCAGCUUGCUACACUGGCCCUUGUCACUGCGACGCCGAAGUCUGCCUUUGAGGUUCAUGACCUGCCGAUUCCACUCCAGCAUAGCCGUUGGACGGUAUACCUCGAUGAUGUUGGCUCUCCCGGUUGUAUUAACAAAUGGGCCAGUUCGCUCACAAAUGGUGAAGCGGCCGUCGUGAAUGUGAGGCCGGACGGAUAUAUUGGAUCAGUUGGAUGGUGGACUCGUGUUGAUGACGCAGCGGUUGGCGAAAGAGCAGCCAGAUGGGUUGAAGAUUAUUACUGUGAUAUACUCAUGUAG